UAGAGCAUGCAAUUAUGUCAAAAUCCACCAGUAGAGUCCACUGACCUGCUGGUUCUUGUUGGCAACAAUUGGAACAUAAUAAUAUGUUAGUGCAUUGGGAAGACUCUUACUGGCAAUGCACCGAAAAAUUGAGUCACGCAUGACUGGUGAAACGGAUUGUUACUGCCAGUAACUGUAACACGCAUGGUACCAAAUAUACUACUCGGCAAGCAAUCUCCAUUAAAAAGUCUUACAGCAUGCAAGUUGCCACACUUUGCUUGCUCACAGUAACUGGUGAUUAAGCAGUAGAAAAUUGGACAGCACAUGGAUCCUCUUGAGAUUGGAAUAGUCGAAUAGAUGCCAAAUGCUUGUAAGCAUGAACGCAGGGAGAGCAUGCCAGCGAUGCCCGCACGAGUGAUCAGAAACCAGAUAAGAAAUACGCUGUUGAAUUGGAGCCUAGAGACGUGAAGUCAACUGCUCUCGAUUAACAAAGGAACAGCUCACCGAUCUCAUGAUCUGGGUCUACGCGCCCGUGCAGAUAAGUUUGCUACCAAAAAUCGAGACAUGACAGCCUCGUAACCUCAGUUAGAGAGAUGCGACCUACUGAAGAUGCUUGGGGACAGAGAAAAAGAAAUAUCAACUUGUUGUUGAGAUGGUUGUUAUUUGUUGAACCAGCACAGCACUCCAUUGUCUACAGGGUCAGCGGUGCAAUGGCUUCUGCUUCUUUCUGUAUAUAUAGGUAAGAGCCAUAGCCAGAUCUCAACACCAUUGCAACACAGCUUCUCUUUGUUUCUCCUCUUCCAUCCCCAAAGAAGAAAAAGGAGCAUCAACUUCCAUUACAACCAUGGCAUCCCACCUCAGAUCUGUGAGUGUGCCUUCAAGCCCCUGCUCCAGCCAAGAAAAUGUCGAAGAGCAGCUGCAGAGACUAAACGCUGCCAUCUCCUCACCCUCUUCGACCAUUGAGACUAUGCGUGAUGGGUUGAGGAGCCUUGGAGACAUCUAUGACUGCAUUGAUGAGCUCACAUCCUUGCCCAGUAGCCAAGUUCUCCUCUGCAACCCGCAGCAGAGGAUUGCUGUUGAGCAAGAGCUCGAGCAUUCCCUCGUCUUGCUUGACCUUUGUGACACAGUCCAAGUGAGCUUCUCUGAGCUCAAGGCAAGCAUUCAGGACAUGCAGUUGGUUAUCAAGAGAGGAGAUGAUGCAGCUCUUCAGGGGAAGAUCCAGUCCUGGUUCCGCCUGACUAAGAAAGUGCACAAGCAGCUCAAGAAGAUCAGCAAGAAGUCUUCCCCAGCUGAUCUGGAGAGCUGUAGAGUGCUCAAUCUGCUGGCUGAAGCUAGAGAAGCCGCUGUGACAAUGAUUGAAUCCUCAACAGAACUCCUGUCAAAGCAAAUCACGAUGUCAAAUUCUAGCAAGUGGUCUCUUGUAUCCAAGGCAUUCCAGAAGAAAAGAAGUUCAUGUGAAGAGGAGCAAUUGCAGGUGAUCGAGUUGGACAUUGUUGGUCUUGAGAGCAGAGUCGAGAUUUUGUUCAGGAGAUUAAUCCGGAGCAGAGUUUCUCUUCUGAAUGCUCUGAGCUUGUAGACUAGAUCAUAUACCAACUCUGAUCCCCUGUGGUUGGCGUCCGCCUUUUAGAGGAUUUGCUGAUCACCAUAACAAUUUUGCAAUGUAUAUACAUGACAAGAAUUGUAAAAUAUACUCCACUGAGAAACAAAAGCAUAGUUUUUGCCCACUUCCUUGUGUCGACUACAUUGUUUAUUAGUGGUUUGAUACAAAUAAUGAAAUAAUUGCUCAGAA